AUCACUUCCUCCUUCAUCUGCCCAGGAAUCAAUCAUUAUUCUUGAUGAAAAAGAUGAGACAGUAUUACAAAAUCAGUCUCCUGUAUCAACACAUCACCUCAGAGGACCUGAUGAUGAGAUUGAUCUACAGACCAUAUUGGAAAAAAUGGUCAGCAAAGUUGAUGGAAGCUUCUGUCCAUCAAGCAACCAAAUAAAUGUGUGCAGGUAUAAUGUUUUCCUGUGUAGCCUGCGGUCAUUCAAGCUUAGGUCCUUCAACCCUGAAGCAAAAUUGAAUGUUGUGUUUGUGGAUGAAGAUGACAAUGGUGAAGGGGCAGUUGACCAAGGCGGCCCAACAAGAGAGUACCUAAGGCUGUUGAUGAGGGCCGUCCACCAGUCAAAUAUCUUUGAGGGACAUGAGAAAGACCGGCAGUUGUCUCUUGAUAUUCAAGCUUUGCAGACUAAACUUUACACGUGGGUGGCAAAAAUGAUUGCUGUGUGUGUUGUCCAUGGAGGUGUUGGUCCACACUUCUUUUCCGAAAGGCUUUUCCAUCAAAUAUGUGGUAAAGCAACACCCCCGGCCACUGUGGAUGAAGUUGGCGAUCAUACAUUCAGGGAACAGUUAAUAAAAAUACAGGAAGCAACAACAGUCCAAGAUGCAAACAGUGCAAUUGCAGAGGCAGCCGAUAGUCUCAGCAUUAUAGGUGCCCUAAGACAUGUGUCCAGCCUGCAGGAGAAGGACUCCCUUUCACAGUCAGCUGCAGACUUCUUCGUCAAUGGAAGAUUGGCGACUGCCCUGGAACAGUUUGCUGAGGGGUUAAAAACCCUUGGUUUACUGGAGGAGCUGAGGAAGAAUCCGGUAGUGUUCUACAACAUGUUCGUCAGUGAGGAGAUUCCACUACAGGCGAAGGACCUAUGUACUUUAUUUGACGUGGACUUCUCUGUGCAGGGCAGCAACAGCAGAUACCGAGAAAACCUGACAAUAUGCUUUUGGCGUGAUUGGUUAAUUGAAAUUGAAGAAGGAGAAUGCAGUCCAGUGACCCUAGAGAAAGUAUUGGAGUUUACAUCUGGAGCCUCAACAGUGCCUCCACUGGGAUUUCCACACCAUCCACAAAUUCAGUUCCUUCACGAGGGCAACAGAAUUUUCCCAGAAGCAAAUACUUGUGCUCUUGUACUCUGCCUGCUGCUGCACUCUUCCUAUGAAGCCUUCAAACAAUACAUGAUGGAGGGAAUUUUGCAAGCUCCAACCUUUGGACUUGCAUGAUGUUACUGUGUGAAAACAUUUUUGGAAAUGGAGCUAUAUUUGUGCUUUGAUACUUGAUAGAAUGCUGUGUUGAAAUAAGUCACUGGUUCA